CAAGCCUUGUUAGCAAUGGAAGGAGUAGGAUGGGUUUUCAUUGUCCUGCCCUGGGAAGUGACAAAAGCCACUGAAGCAAAUUGCUGCUGCUAGUUUUCCACUGAAGGCCUAAUCUGUAGGGAGGGCCGGUGGGAGGGUGAAGCCACAGGGUGAAGUUAACAGUAAUAGCUCUGCUGUCAGAGACCUUUCCUUUUCCUUUCCCAGGGACUCUGGGGGCGUGCUUUAGCUCGUCCCCAGUGGCAGCCACAAGCCGUAGGAGGUGUCAUUGUGUGGUUCCCAUGUUGUGUCUGCUCAGGGCGGGGACAGCGUGUUCGUCCUGGUGGCUGUGCAGUCUUGCCCAACGCCUGGCACGGGAACGCACUGAAUGGAGGGGUAACCGAAGCUCCCAGAGCAGGGCCCACGUCAGGAAAACAAGAUACUCACAGAAGGCCUGUCAGCUGGCGGUCAAGUGGGCACUGGGUGCCUGCCUCAGAGUCACCUGUUAGUUUUAUUUAGUUUAGGCUAUUAUUAGGCUAUUUCACAGCUUUUAUUCUAUAUUGAGAAGGGUCUAGGGCACAAAUCUUGGAAUCUGUUCCCGGAUGAGGGCCCAGCCUGACAGGCUAGUGGUUAGUGCUCAGGACUCACUCCAACAGCCUGUUAAAACAUGGUGGAUUACUAUGAAGUUCUAGGCGUGCAGAGACAUGCCUCAGCUGAGGAUAUUAAAAAGGCGUACCGGAAACUGGCACUGAAGUGGCAUCCAGAUAAAAACCCUGAGAAUAAAGAAGAAGCAGAGAGAAAAUUCAAGCAAGUGGCUGAGGCGUAUGAGGUGUUAUCGGACGCUAAAAAACGAGACAUCUAUGACAAAUACGGCAAAGAAGGAUUGAAUGGCGGAGGUGGAGGUGGAGUUCACUUUGACCAUCCGUUUGAUUUUGGCUUCACAUUCCGUAACCCAGAUGACGUCUUCAGGGAAUUUUUCGGUGGAAGGGACCCGUUUUCAUUCGACUUCUUCGAAGACCCAUUUGAGGACUUUUUUGGGAGUCGAAGAGGCCCCCGUGGAAGCAGGAACCAAGGCACAGGGUCGUUUUUCUCUGCCUUCAGUGGAUUUCCGUCAUUUGGAGGAGGGUUUUCUUCCUUGGAUACAGGAUUUACUUCCUUCGGGUCGGCAGGUCACGGGGGCCUCACUUCCUUCUCGUCCACGGCGUUUGGUGGCAGCGGGAUGGGCAGCUUCAAAUCUAUAUCCACUUCUACAAAAAUGGUGAACGGCAGAAAAAUCACUACAAAGAGAAUUGUCGAGAAUGGCGAGGAAAGAGUAGAAGUUGAAGAGAACGGCCAGUUAAAGUCCUUAACGAUAAAUGGUGUGGCGGACGAGGCCGCCCUCCAGGAAGAGCGCCUUCGCAGAGGCCAGAGCGCGCUGCCCUCCCAGCCGGCCAGCACCAGCGGCCCCUCGCCGAGGUCACACGGGCCGGCCGCUCUGCCCAAACACCAGUCUCCGCCCGUCUGCGAAGAGGAGGACGAGUCGGGCAGACAGCGGGCCGCCGGCAGCCCCUGGAACCCCUUCGUGCUCUCUGCAGGACUCAAAGAAGGUGGCAAGAGGAAGAAGCCGAAGCAGAGGGACGAGUCCAAGAAGAAGAAAUCGACCAAAGGCAAGCACUAGGCGGACUCGCAGCCGCGCGCCUGCUGCCGGAGCUGGCGCCCAGCCCGCCCCGUGCCGUAGUGCGAGGCGCGCACGAGUUAGGUAGCGGCACCGCUUGGCCACCGUCCCCACACUGCAGCUUCUCAGCUCGGGGACGGCAGGAGACGGGAGUGACGGUCGUGGGCGGAGCCUGUCCCCACUGUCCUCGCGUCUCCCGGCCCUCAAUCCGACAACAGCGGCUCCCCUGAGGGGGUCGGGGACCCGGCUCCUUCCUUCCGACUGUCGAACACGAUGCCGACUGCUGAGCUGUUGUAGCGUCAGAGGUGUGACAGGUGCGGGCGGGUGAUGGAGUGUGUGUCCACGGAAUGCCUCUCUCUCUUCCCGGCGGGAGAGUCCUUGGAGCUGGCGCGUAGUUAGGGGCGGGGUGACGUCAUCGCACGUCCUGCAUGGAGUCCGCACCGCCAGGGGUCUUCCCUCCGGGUUACGGGGUGUCCCAGCCGCCUCCCUGGGGGCCCGUGGGUGAGUCUCUAGAUAUAAAGUCAUUCCUUAAAUUUACCAGAGUUUUAAGCUCCGAGGAGCCCAAACCUGACCUCGAAUAUUAUUUAGUUUUUGCAAAUUCCAUCUUUUUCUCUUGGACCCAUGAUUCUCCUUAGCACAUGCACAGGACCCUGCAGAAUUUUGUUCGGUAAUCCCCUCUCUGCUCUUUGUUUGGGUCAUUCUGGGGAGACGCACGUGCUGUAUUCACACACACACACACACACACACACACUCAGAUUGGAACGAGGGCGCUGAAGAAAAGAUUUCAGUUGUAAACAUUGGCUCCUCUAAAAACAUCGUUUAUUUUCCUAGCAGUUUUUUUGUGUCCACUUUCCUGCACUUACUUCUUUGCGUGAUCACCUGCUUCUUAACCCUUUGGUUCUACUGACUCGAUCCGUGCCGCGCCUAACCUUUUCUGCGCGCUUCCUGCCCAGGCCUUUCCUCCGUAACACAAGGGCCAGCUCACACCGCUUGGAAAUGGGGGCUCGGGGCAGAGCUUUGACGUGGUGUGAGAAUGCCGCUGUCGUGAAUGUGGCAGCCACCGGCCCCCGUGGCCCCUGUAGCCAGCCGCGUCGUGGGCGUCGUGGGUGUGGAAGCCAGAAACGAGUGUAACUUUGCGACUCUGAGAUGACUGUUAGGGGAGGGGUGCUUUGUUUUGUUUGGCUUUGGCAGGGAGGUGGUGUGGACUGGUAUUACGGCUUACCGUGGAAAAUGUACCCAUGAAAACAUACUGUAUUUUAAGUGCUAUCAGCAGAAAUAAAACGUAAGCGCCGUCUUGGA